AGAGCCACGUCUCCAAGGUUCGGGAAAGAAUUUUAUGCCUCUUAUUUUCCUCGCUUUCACACGUUUUCUACACUGUGGCUUCAUAUUUCCCCCAGUUUCCUACAUUUCCGGCGGGUCUUUUGCAUUAGUGAUGGUGAUGUGCAGCAGUGUACGAGAAUGCCUUGGGUCCAAGCCUCCAAUGGCAGUGUUCAGCAUGUCCAUAGUAGGGUUCGCGCUGACUCUCGUCGGAGUCUCACUCUACUUCCAGAGCCACAGGACACAGAUUUUGAAUCCAGAUAUUAAGGAUUGGAACAGUUUCUUUACGACACUCUCAGACAUGGAGGUAUGCUUUCCUGCACCACAGUCCCCUGAUGAGGCUGUGCUACGGACAAGAGCCAGACGCGAGCUGGCAACUGCCAGCCUUGCCACCACCACAACCUCAAAUUCUCUGCUUCUGGCAACCGAUGCCCGGGGCAAUGACACAGAGGCCAAUGUGACCAUCAGUGUGUUGGCAGAUGUCCAGGUGCAGAGAAAAGGUGUCAGCCUGGAGGGACUUACCUUGCACUCCUUCGUGGGGGCCAAGUUCUUUGGAUUCAAGAGAGACAAGAGUGUCUUGGAAGUAACCAUAGACUUGGCCAAGCAAAUCUCCAAAAACUGGACUGCUUGCAUGACCCUCUCUGGCCCAGCCCACUUGCUGCCCAACUCUCCUCAGACGCCUCCAACUUGCACGCCAGUCAAGGAACCAAAGACAAGUGAGGUGUUCUUAGCCCAGCCUUGGUUAAUGCUGGAGGAGGAUGAAUGGUGCAUGAACGGCACUGUGGGAAGUCUCAGUGUCACUCCUCAGCAUGAAUUGAAUGUUUAUCUAACCGAGGGUGAUGUAACUCUGAUUCAGGUGCACAUCCUGUAUACCACAUGUCUUCUCUGCGUUAUGAUGAUUGGCCUCCUGUUUUACUUCCUUUGUGGAAAGCGCUGCUCGACACGUACCAAGGCAGCACCUCUUCCUGACAAAGUGCCCCUAAACCCAUGAUGAGCCAAAAGCAUAGAAGUGUUUACAGCACUAUUAAUGCAAUGACUUGAAGGACCAGUAGGGCAAAGCUGUCAUUACUUUGUAGUAGUGAUGUAUGUAAGAAUCCUGUAGGCUUCAUAUUGAAAGCACAAGUGGUUUGAUACAUUUUUAUUAUUUUUGUUGGGAAUAUCUUUAUUUUCUAUUUUCAUCUAUUUAUUCAUUUAUCUAUUUUUAUGGAAACUGUGAUCAUACUGUAUUGUUAAUGCAUUGUCAAUAUGCAGAGAGCGUAGGUUCAUAAUAACAACCAUGGCUAAAGAUUAUGGAUGUUUCCCUGUAUAAUGUACUAGUUACAACCUUAUUAAGUUUUAUUUUAUUUUUUAUGUAUAGGUUCUGGGAAUAUUAGUAACUUCCACUUCUUACUAUUUCAAAAAGACACAAAAUGAGAAUUUCCAUUGACCUUUAUGUCAGUGACUAUGCAGUUGUAGGGUGCCUUUUUAUAUUGACUUUUUAAUUGUACCUUUUGUGGGUUUAUGGCAAAAUUCAGAAUUUUAUCAACAUCGUAUAUUUUAGAAAUUAAAAUGAAAACAUGUAAGGAGGGUUUUCAAGGGCUUUAGAGAUGCAACACAAAAUUUAAAGAAAUAAUUCUUUAAUUAUCGAUGAAAUAAAUUUUUCUGCAAUGAUUUACAAGCCAGUUGGUAUAAUAACCAAACCCGUGCAGCAUAAAAUAUUAUGACAGUGUGCACUCAUAGCUAUCACAUCUGUCAUGUUAGGCUAUUCCUUUCCUUUCAUCUUUUUGUGAAUAGGAUAAAGUAGAGAAAAACUAUGGGGGUUAACAAAGGGAAGUUGUUUUAAGAUACGUUAAGAUAGGUUAUUUCCAAAAGCUACAGCAUCAAAAUGACAUGACUCAUCUCCAUGAAGUUCAUCAAAUGUAUCUGUAAACAACUGCAGUUUCUAAAGCUAUUAUUAUGCCGUCACGUGAAGUACUAUCACAGGUUUAGAUGCAUUUAUACCAAUUUUUUUUCUUUCUUUUUUUUUUUUUUCUUUCUUUUUUUUCUAACCAAUAAAGAUUAAAGGGAAUUCCUUCCAGUAGCCUUCAUCUUUUAUUGUUCUUUAGUAUAGAAAAAAAUUAUAUUGAUCAUAAUGCAAAAGGCUGAGCAUUCAAUAGUUUGUGCAGAUGUGGGGAAUCAAAAGCAAUUUGUCUUUAAGUUUUCAUUUUGCACUUUUUUUUCUUCUUCUUUUUUUUUUCAACACCAAGAAACCAAGUCACAAAAGAGUCGAUCACUGGGCUUCCCUGACCUCACCUCUUUACCCCAUUCCUUGAAUUUUUUAGGAAGAAAUAUAUUUCUGUUAUUAUUAUAAUCAGUACUAAUGUUUUUAUUAUUAUAUUUUUAAAAUAAAAAAUUCAAAGAAUACGGUAAACAGGUGAGAUGAGGUAGGCUUAGUAAUAAACUCCUUGGUGACCAAGCAUUCUCUGGAGCCAUCUGUGUGGAAAUGAAAUCAAUUCAAUUCACAGUGGAUAUGACUUGUAUCCAUUCUAUCCCAGCAUCAGAGGAUUAUUUGUAUGUUUGUCAAAUAUUGCAUUUUAUUUCAGCUGUUUUGUACCAAGUAUAAAUGCAAAUUAUUUAUGUAGAAAAAUAUAUUCAGUGAGCAUUCUUGUUGGUAUAUCAGUUGUAUGGAGUGUAUUUUGGAAUCUCUCAGAAAUAGUUAAUUUCCCCUUCUCCUCUAUCUCCCUCAUUUUUCCUUCUUCUAAUAAGAUAAGUAUAAUGUUCAUUGUCAAUUAUUUGAUAUAUCAUUGUAAAUACAAUUUUAGUUGAAGUGAGUGUAAUAACAUAGUGUGACCUCUCUCUUGAGGAUUGUGACUAUUCUCUUCCUUCAUGUUAGGAAAUUACAAGUUUAUGCCUAGACUUUCUUUUUAUCAGCAUCCCUCUGCUUUGUUAAUAGUUACGUAUUUUACAUUACCACAAAAUUGGUUGUAGAUUAUGAAAUUGACGGUGUUUACUAAAGUGUUUUCAUAUUGUUUUGUUGAGUUUGUAUUUGAUAUAUUUAUUUAAUUACUUCAUGUAAAAUGUAAAAUGGAUUUUACAGAAAUCUACUAAAUUUUAUGUAUUGUCUUGUGCUAUUAAGUUUGGGAAUGCCAGUGAAAAUCUGCUGAAUGUUUGAAUAUUAGAUAUAGUGUUGUGAGUGAGUGCAUGUAUGCAUGUGUGUCUAUACAAGUGUUCAUAUUACACUUGUAGUAAUCUCAUAAUUAUUCAGAUUAUCAUUGAGAAAAUGUUCAUUUGUUAAACUACUGUCAGUGUUAAAACAUUCCAAAAGACCACUGUAUUAGUUGCAUUCUCUUACAGUUGAUCUGGACAGACAAAUUAAUAUUUUUCAUCCAGUGGAAAGUGUAUUAAAAUCUUGCAUGAGAGGAGGGGGGAAAGGAAAACAAGAUUUAAAAAUAAAAAAGUAGUAUAAGCCUAUAUCCAAGUCAUUCCAGUUGUCUAAAAUAGAUGAGAAUAACAAACUUGAAAGGUAAUGAUAUGUCCUGUUAUGACAAAUUCUUGUUAAUUUUCAUGGUUUUUUUUUUCUGUACUAUCACCAAGUUUAUAUGUUCUUGUGUGACAAAUUAUGUUACAUUACUUCUCUAUAAACAGUAAAUGUGGAUUUAUUUAACCGUUUGUUACCAUUACUAUAAUCCUUGCAGUAUGCUCAUAUUUUAGAUCAAUCACAUUGUGUUAAACCUUUUCUGGGAAGGACAGAACAGAUUACUGUCUGAUAGCAGCUAUAUCCGUGUGUUGCACCUAUAUAAUUCUAUUGCAGUUUAUCAGUUUGUCAUUUGAUUUUGAAAGGCCUUAUAAAUGGCUGUAUCAUUGAGAUGUCUGAAUGAAAGAAAGGUAAAAGGAUUCAAAGGGUGCAAAUCUCUGUAAUCGAUUUGACAUCCAUUGGCCUAUCCAAGGUGCAUGUUUGUGUGUGUGUUGGUCUGUUUGUGUACAGCAUUAUACUUUUUUAUGAGGUAUGCUUGGGUACGUGCAUGCAUACAGCCAUGUGCGCCAACCUUUCCUAGUGCUAUGGUUGUUAAAUGUGUUUGUCUUCAAUGCAUUAUUGGAUCCAUUUUUCAGAGAUGUAUUGUGAAAUGAAAAACCAUUGUGUGUGUGCAUGCAUUUGUAAUGAAAUUUAAAAGUGAAAAAGAAAAUGAAGACAUGAUUGUGCACCAUGAAAAGAAGAAAAAAAAAAAUAUAAGUAAAGAGGAGAUUUUAUAUAUAUAUAUAUAUAUAUAUAUAUAUAUAUAUAUAUAUAUAUAUAUAAUUAUAGUCUAAUAAUCACUGGCAUUAUUUUUAUCCAUAAAGCAUGUAUAAAAAAAAUUAAGAUACAAGUAUUUGGGCUUAGCUAUUAAAGUGUUACAGUGCUGUAAUGGUGUCCUCUGUGAUUCCAGUGCCUUUGUAUAUAUGCAUUAUUUAUUGUUUUUUUUAUUUAUUCACAGUCUAAAACAUGUUUUACAUUCUUGUUAAAAAUUAAAUUGAAAAGGAGGA